CAACGUAACGUGCAACAGUGCCUGUACGCUAGCCAUGUGUUUUUAGCUUCUGUCAAUGAAAUUAAAACAUGAAUUUGAACCUAGAGGACAGUGAGACCAUCACCCUGAACAUCGAGCUUUUGCCACCAGCAGCAGUGACAUGCAACAGACAGAAAAAAAGGAAUGUCGACUCCGGAGCACAUGAGAAGGCCAAGAGAUUAAAAACUGUGCCAGAUAGUGAGAAAUCACUGGAGUGUCAAAGUUCCUCUUACUCUUCGAGGAUCUCUGUGCCGCCUGAACGCCUUGGGCAACCAAUUACAGUGAGCGAGCUGACGGAGCUGCUGCAUUACGCCGCUCUGGGGAAAACAGGUGGCAUUAAACGGCCCAGUUGGUGCCGUCUGUCCCAUCAGAAGAGGAUUAAAGCAAUAAAUGUGGUGGUACUGGAGGGUCUAACCCAGGGCCACUUUUACAGACACUACCUUGCUCUCAAACACCUCCGGAGUAACUACACCACGAGAGUCACAUUUACCCCAACAUCUACCAACCUGCCAUCAGGAAUCUUCAGCAAUAAACUUCCUGAAUCAGACGGUCUAACACGAACCCUCUCACAAAGAGAAAAUAAGAACAAUGGACUGCACAGAGGGCUGAUGAGUCACCCAGUAAUCACCAAGUUUGGGACACAGACAAGAGGACUGACAGCGUAUGUUCUCCCCCAAGAUGAGAUGAUCAAGCGACAUUUUCCUGUCAAAGGAAUGCCAGGCUUUGAAGAGUUUGUGUGCACAGAAAGUGUCGACUGUGUGACCGACAGCAGUCCUCUGUAUGGACUAGACUGUGAAAUGUGUCUCACAGUAAAGGGCUAUGAGCUAGCUCGUGUUUCUUUGGUGGACAAUGAUGGGAACUGUGUUCUGGACGAGCUGGUAAAACCUCAGAGAAUAGUCCUCAACUACCUCACAGAGUUCUCUGGUAUCACACGAGCAAUGCUGCGACCAAUCAAAACCACUCUGAGGGAUGUACAGGCAAAAAUCAAGUCAUUGCUCCCGAGCGACGCAGUUCUGGUGGGCCACUCGUUGAACAACGACCUCAUGGCUCUGAAACUCAUCCACCCACACGUUAUCGACACCUCGCUGCUCUACAGGAGAGAGUUUGGACAGAAGUUUAAGCUCAAGGUCCUGGCUGAGGCGGUGCUGAAGAGGCAAAUACAAACUGAAGAGAAGACGGGUCAUAAUCCUGUCGAGGAUGCUGUGGCAGCCCUGGAGCUGGCCCAGUACUUUAUUAAAACAGGACCUCGCCAGGUUGUAGAAGUUCAUCUGGAGGAGCUGUGGGGAUACACGAUCGAGGAGGAGUCAUCGGAGUCUGCUCCUGCACCUACGCCAAGUCUCAGGUUUGCUGAUAUACUGCAGACACUUGGCCGACCAGUCGCUUAUUUAGGAAAGCGCUCUGACAUCACGCUGGAUCUGUCCAAUCAGCAGUGGCACAACUCGGACAAAGAGGUGCUGAUCUCCUUCAGGACAAAAACUCAGUGUCCCUUUCUCUCCGUGCUCCAGUUUUCUUCCAUCUCAGACCAUCUGAAGAGAUGUCUCCCUUCACCAGAGCUCCAGCACCAGAAGGUGUGUGCAAACCUUCGGGAGAUGUGUGUAGUGUUUGCCGGCCCGUUCCCCGCGGGCUUCUCUGAGGAGGAAGUGAAGCGGCUGUUUUGUUGCUGCGGACCUGUUCGGAAAAUCAAAAUGUUGAACACAACUUUCAGGGUUCAUGCAGAGGUAGAGUUUGUGCUGCUGGAGGGAGCUGUGCUGGCUUUGAAAACUCUCAACGGAUUUAAUAUACAAGGACAGUCCAUCAAGGUACAGAGGCCUGUCAAUGAGUCCAUGCUGGAUUUGGAUCUGACUCUUGAUGCUCUGAUGGAUCACAGCUCAAACUCUGGUCACAUCUAUGCUGUUAAAUUAAAGUCUAGUACAGCUGAGAGUAUACCAGCUUCUGAAAAAAUCAAUGGACACAUGUUGGAUGUUAGGUGUUCAGGCGUCAGAAUAAACGGUACACAUCUGCAGUCUACAAAGUCCAAACUGUGUGAGGAGACGAUCAGAGAGACAUUCAGUAACUUAGGUUCAGUGGAGAGAGUACACCUUCCCGCAAAACCUGGAAAAUAUUCAAGACAUGCUUACAUACAGUUUGAGAGUUCAGAAGACAAACAUGCAGCCCUCAGUGCCUCUGAAGAUCUUCUGAAGAGAAACUACCUCAUCUGUCCAUGCCUCACUCCUCUCCAUUUAUCAUCAUGGAUUACAACGGCGACAAACAGCGUGGAUCCAGGCAAGGAGACAGCAGAAGACAAGGAGAUGACCCACAUCAAUAACAGCUCUCAGGAUCAGGAAAUGGAUCUUCUAAUGCGGAAGUUGGACCGCCGUCUGGGGAAGCUCUUCAGGUCUCUGUCAGACGACACCUUAUCAGUGGUUGUGCUGCCCGGACUCACAAGUGCUCAUGGCCACGUUCCUGGUUUGUGCCUAAUGGAGGUCAAGAAAGCAUCCUGAGGAGAUGUGGCCUCGCCCUCGAUGGAGGUUUUAAGUCAAUAGCAAGUUGAACCUGACUUUUGGUCUCGCACGUGGGGGUUGGGUUUUUGUCACCUGCUCUCUCAAGAUUUCAUCUGGGUUUUCAUAGACUGGCACUCUCUGCAUCACCUGCACCAUGGUCUUCACUUCCUUUGUUGAAGGUACAGCCUGGCAGCCAUAUGUGGCGAGGAGGCUCAUCUUCCUGGACUUCAUUCCCUGGAUUCUCCACCUGUCUUCUUCUUUUACAGCAAGAGCUGACGAUGAUGAUGGCUAUGAUGGCAAUGAAGACUGUGACCCCAGAGACUGUUGCAGGAAUCACAAUUUCCUGGGGGUCUUGAAACCUGAGAACUACCAGGCACUGGGUGAUACCCACACGGUUUUGGCUGGUACAGAUCAAGUUCCCUGGGCAACUUCUUGGGGGAUUUUUUAGUCACCGCUAGCGGGAUCAACAAUGGAAUCAAAGGGGACAUGGGAGGGCUGCUUUUUGUAGGACAUCUUAAUACCACCUUGUUAUUCAACCCAACCACACCCUGCACAUGACACAUUUAGUUGGUCUCUUCAUCACAUUCAGGUGAAUGAUGCAGGUCUUGAUCUCAGGGGAGUUUUCUUAUUUGGCACAUGUAUGUGUUUGUUUCUGUCACUUCUAAAUUACUUGUCCUUAUAGACACAUUUCCAAUGGCAGGGUUAAGUGACUCAAAUUGAACUCUAUGCCCACACUGUUCAAAUUGGUCAUAGAUGCGAUUUGCAGUAAACCAAAUGAUGACUGGCCCUUCCAUUCAAUGUCAAGUGCUCCCAAGUCCUCAGGAGCAAGGCUGAAGUGACAACUCAGCAUACCACUGUCUCCAACUGCUGCAUAUGUUGGUGACUGGGAACUUGAGAUUAUCUGCAAUCUGAAAGAUUGCUGUGGAGUGAAAGGGAAAAAUAAGAGCAAUAUCCAGUAGCGCCAUAUCCUGAACCUGGAGAUGUGAUGUUUUCAGUUAUGUCGUUUGAUGGCUAAUGCCCUUGGGAUUGGCAUCUUUAUUAUCUUCUCUGCAGUGUGGUCCAAAAAGAAAAAAAGAAAGAAAAAGAAAAUCCACACCUUGUAUUUUUAAACUCAGAGACUUCACAAUGUGCAUGAUUAUUUCCAUGAUCUGGAAAUAAAAUACAAAUGUCUGCCAUGUUAGAAAGUUGUUUACAUGCUGUAUUUAUAUUAUACCAGCCUUAAAUGUUUGGUAUAUUUGUAUAAAAUUGAAUUUGUUCUAUUUGCAAAAAGAAAUCUGUAUUACACCAGCUGGAGAGAAGCCUGAAGAUCUUCUGGAUACAGGACUGUGACCUUAAAAGAAGAUCUGACAAACCAUGGUUUGAUCAUAAUUGUGAUUCAAUCAUGUUAUUUAACAUAAAAUAAGAUGUCUUUAGAAAUAAGGGGAUCCAUCCAUCCAUCCAUCCAUUUUCAACAUUGUUAUCCCGUUAGGGAUUGUGCAGCUGGGGGAGAGGCGGGGUACACUCUGGACUGGUCGCCAGUAGAGGUGGGAGAAAAAAAUCUAUUCUUAGAUGCAUUGUGAUGUGGCGGUGGAAAAUUCUGAAACAAUUUAUAAAUGUCAAAUAAUUGAUAAUAAUUUAAAUAUUUUAUACUGUGGAGAAACAGAAAGGUUGGACUCUGACAUGCAGCAAGAUUUAGAUUACCAGUUGUUCAUAUGUGAAAAAGGACAUUUUUAUGUUUGUUAUUUUAGAUAUGUUAAAAGGAAAGGAUACUGCUACCUUUGGUUCAGUGCAAUUGUGCAUUUCCAGUUUACACACUUCACAUCUUCCGUUAGAGGAUAGUGGUCUCUUUUUUUAAAACACAAAUUAAUGUUUUUAUUUACAGAAAUGUAAAAAAAAAAAAAAAAAACAAGUGCAUCAAAUGCAUCAAUAAUCGAUUAAGAACCAAAUCAUAGCAAUUGUAAUCGAAUUGGACCGUGAGGUGGCUAAAGAUUCCCACCUUUUGUCGCCAGUCGAUCGCAGGGCUGACACAGAGUUACCAGUUAACCCAGAAAGUCUUUGGGGGUGGGAAGAAGCCAGAGUACCUGGAGAACCAACACAUAAGAAGGGAAAGCAUGCAAACUCCACACAGAAAGGAAGUGAACCAGGAACCUUCGUGCUGUGAAGCAACAACGCUAACCCCUACACCACCAUGCAGCCUGCAAAUAAGGGGAUGAAAUGUUUAAAUAUUUAAGCAGUAUUUAUCUCUUACG